CAGACACAUUUAUUGGCUGUCGGAUAGGGUAUUUUUGGUGUACCCCAAAUCGUAACCAAUCAAGCUUGAUAAAUAAAGAAUAAAUAAAAAUUGUAGUAAAUUAGACAAUCAACAAUUCGAAGAGAUCGGACUAUAUUCACAAUUGUACUUUCCCGUGCACUAAAAUGAAAAGUUGUGUUUUCUUCUAAAAGAAGACAGAAAGACGAAAGUAACGAAUAUAAAAAGUGUAGCCACAAGAGACAGAUACCAAUUCUCUCAGCGUCUGUGACAAGAUAAGUAGACCUAGGCAAAAAGAUCAAAUCCGAUCAGCUGAUUAUCAUCAAGCAUGUACGCCGUACGACGAGCAUGCAAACUCUUUGACAAAAAUGUCAUAAUUCCUCUGCAUCCGAUUACAUCAUCAAAGACGUAUCGUUCUUCGAUGGUACAAGCGAAGCAACAACAAGCGGUGGAAAAUAUCAAUAACCAAUCGCGCGGUGAUAAGAAGCCUGUGAUCGACGAGGCGAUCAUCAGGAGGCUCGAAAGAUUGGCGCUAGUCGGCUUCGAGUACGAGCAGAGUAAGCGGAUCCUGGAGGAGGCGAUAGCGUUCGCCGAGCGGCUACGAACGGCGCGCAUCGACGAGACGGUGCGCCCGAUGUACAGCACCCUGGAGAACGAUCGUAUUCUUCUGCGGGACGACGUGGCGCGAAACGGCGUCGAUCGGUGCGAGAUACUGAGGAACGCCGCCGUGCUAGAAGAAGAGUAUUUCGUCGCGCCCCUGAUGACAACCAGAUCCGACUCCGAACGAUGA